AUGUCUGCUUCUACCAUCCCCGAACGCCAGGAGGCCAUUAUUGCUGGCCCAGAGGGCGAAUUCCUGCUCAAAUCAGAUGUCCAAAUUCCCACCUUGGAGCAUGGCGAGAUUUUGAUCAAGACUGGUGCUGUUGCUUUGAAUCCUGUGGAUACUAAGCUUAUUGGUGAUUUCGUGACCCCGGGGGUCAUGUUUGGCUUCGACUCUGCAGGCACAGUCGUCGCCAUUGGACCUGGCGUGACCAACAAAAACAUCAAGGUCGGAGACCGAGUUUGCGGAUCCGCCAGUGGAAUGAAUGACAUGAAGCCGCUGGGCGGCUCUUUUGCCCAGUAUUCUAAGCUCUUGGGUAACUUGUGCUUGAAAGUACCUGAUUACAUGUCCAUGACCGACGCAGCUGCAAUGGGAACUUCAGUCGCCUCGGCUGCUAUGUGCUUGUUCUGGUCGCUUAAGUGGCCCGGUAGUCUGUUGGACGGCCCCAAGGAGGGCGAUGAGCCCAAGCCUCCUGUUUUCGUCUACGGUGGAAGUACCUCGACCGGAACUAUGGUUCUGCAGUUGUUGAAAUUGUGCGGAUUCCCGACAAUCACCACCUGCUCUCCUCACAACUUCGACUUUGUCAAGUCAUACGGUGCCGAUGUGGUGUACGACUACAAGACCGCUGAUUGUGCGGCUAAGAUCCGUGCCGACACCAACAAUGAGCUUGAAUACAUUAUCGACUGUUUUGCCGAGGACUCAUCUAUGCGAUUCUGCUACGCUGCCAUGGGACGUGCGGGUGGAAAGUAUGUGGCGUUGAACCCUUUCAGUGAGCACCUUCACAACCGCAAGGUCAUUGAGCCGGACUGGAUUCUGGCUACUCGCAUUGCUGGUGAUGGCUCCAACUGGCCUGCCCCAUUCCGCUGCCCUCCUGAGCCCAAGAUCCUGGAGGUCUCUCUUCCCCUGUACGCUACCUUCCAAGCACUGCUGGAUGAACGCAAGAUCCGCCCUCACACCGUGCAGUUGGAGGAUGGUGGCCUGUCUGGAAUUCCUGGUGGAGUGCAGAAGAUCCGCAGUGGAGAAGUUAGUGGUGUGAAGCUGGUCUACACCCUAGCUUAA